GGCUGGAGACCGGGAGGGGGAGGGUGGAGAGGGGGGAGAGUGAGUGAGGGAAUGGGUGGAGUGACUAUGAGAGAGGGAGGGACAGGUAAGGUCAGUGCCGCGAGAGACAGCAAGAGUGGUGGGCGGGCGGCUGCAAUGGACAUCAAUACCUGGCAAGACGCUUCCUGCCAGGGGCUUAGCUCUCCCUCACCCGACACACAUCAUCCCUGAGGGCCUGGCAUGCUCGGCCUGCAGCGGGGAGUGACAUGUAACCAAAGUAAUCGUCCAAACCUCCAGCUGCGCCAUCAGAGCAGCAUUCUACAGCCCGCGCUAAACUCUCGCCAUGCUGUCAGGCCACAGGAUCGGCAUGUACUCCAACAGCCCCACCAUAGCCGACCUUCCAGUGAUCCCCAUCGGCCUGGACAGGUUCGGCGUCAGGACCUUCCCGACACCCUUCGUGCACAUCGAGCGCUGGAGCAUGGUAUGGGGGUGCCUACCAGUCACCUACAGCUUCCCGGACCGCUCCUGGAAGCUGUCGCCAUUCCUCGUUAUGUGGAUCCUAUGCGGCGUGGGCUUCAACAUCCCUUGCUUCUAUGACUGCCUCAUGGCCUCCAUCGGCGGCGACAACAGCCUCACUCUGUACGUGAUGAUCCUGAUCGUGGCUGUGAUGAGCGUCUCAGCCAUCGCCAUGCACGUACUCUCCCUCGUCUUUCACAAGGAGUGGACAAUGUUCCUCAAUGGGUGGAUGGUGUACGAGAGGAAAUUCCCAACACUGACCACGGGUGUGCACUCUUACAAGCUGAGUGUGCCUCUGUACGUGGGAUUCGUGAUCUGUGUCCUCUUCUUCGUGAUUAACAUUCUGAACGAGCUUCGCUUCAACCUGAUCAACAAUGACGGUGUGGGGCGCAUGCUGUCCCUGGUGUACGUGUAUGUCAUCUACAGCUUCACGCUCUCCAUGCCCGUAUUAUGGGUGGUCAUGGCCUCCAAGGUGUUCGUGUUGUGCCUCUGCCAUAUCAGACAGGAACUCGAAUGUAUCCUGGAGUGCGCCAAGUUCGGGAUGACCUGCACCUCCAACAUCCAGAAAUGCGUCGCAGCGGGGGACAUCAGUCUGCUGCAGGAGGCCGUGCUGGAGCUGCGGCGCAUCAUUCGUGCAUUCAAAACCAUCAUCGGCCCGUUCAUGCUGGUGAUGGUCCCCCACCACAUCAUAUCGCUCAUCUGCUUCCUCUACUGGACGCUGGUCUCUACUCUCGACUACACCGACUGGUACUUCCCCCUCAGCUUUGGUCUUCUCUCCGUGCAGGCCAUCGCCCCCAUCUUCUGCGGCGCUAUUUACAGCGAGCAGAUUCAAACUGAGAAAGACUCACUGAUCGAGCCUCUCCUGAUGCUCAAGGGAACAAUGAAGGACCAGGAAGCCAAAGACCAGAUGGCAACUCUUAUUGACCACAUUACCCGCAUGGAUGCCCAGAUUGAGGGACGAGGGUUCUUCAUCCUCAACAAGGGAAUGGCCACCACGGUUGUGAACACAGUGGUGACUUACUUGGUGGUGCUGAUCCAGUUCUAUGGCAGCAACUCUGGCUAAAUUACUCUAGUCUAGUCUGGCUAGUGAAGUGACCUAAUACAAACCCUAUAUUGCAUAUCUGUUAUAUAGGCACCAAUACAUUAUGUAGAAUACUACAUGUUUUGAAUUCAGCAUUAGCAGUUAUUUGUAGAGAAACUAUAUGAUAAUGAAAAGUUGAAUUUGUAAGAAAAUGUCAAUUGUAGUUAUCAUAAACACUGACACCAAGAACACAAAUGUGUCUGAGAAGCAAGUGAUGGUGGCAGCUUCACCAUAACAUAGCUAGUCAAGCCAGGCCAUCAUGUAAACAUUUCUUUCAUGCUUAUACUGUAUUUGCUCAUUAUAAUCAUUGCUUGCUUAUUAUCAAAUAAGCAGCUUUGUAACUAAGUAUAUAUGUGUAGUUGAAGUGUUGCAUACUAUAUGUUAAUAGUACUCACUUCUUAAGUCAAUUUUGCAUGCCCUCCCUAAUAGAUAACAACAAUACACAUUGAAAAUAAUGUCCAUGAACAAUUAUGUAUUAUGGCAUGGAGCAAUAUCCAUCAGUCUACAUCUUACACUUCCCUCAAAGGAGGGUAGCAUAGGUGAGAUGCAGCUUGUCUUACAUUAUUAUUUUUGUUUUAUUAGU